AUGGAGAUAUCAUCCAAAGUAAAGGCGAAAAAAAAUGGUGGUUACAUUGAUAAUUGCCGUACCGAAAACAUUUUAAGGAAUUUUAAUCUUGUAGAAAAAAAUAAAAUGAAGAGAUUAAAUCAAGAUUCAGAUGAUAGGGAUGAAAAUAUCUAUACUACGAAUGAUGACAACGAAAGGUCAACAUAUAAUUUGAGAAAAAGAAAAAAACUUUUGAACACUGAAAUAGAUUGUAAUUCGCAUGAUCAUGAAAGUGAUAAUAUAGAUGUCUUAACGGUAAACGAUAUGGCACAUUCAAGCGAUUCAGGGAUAGAUUGUGACACGCAAACAAUGCUGCAGUCUCCUGCUGAUGAUCUUUACGAUAGUUCAGAGGCUACUUCACAACUCAGAGAGGAGAAAAAUCUCCAUCCUAUCUCCAUAGGAAGACCGAAAGAUUGUAUUGAAUGGCUUAGAUCAGAUGAUGGAAUGGCAUUGUGGAAAAAUAGACCAGCACGUAUGAUUCACGUUAAAAAGAAAAGAUCACGAAAGCCCAAUAGUCAAAGUCGGACUAAAAAUAGGAAUGUUGCCAUGCGUACCAGAAGCUUGUCACGUUCACGUUCACGUACUUCCAAGCCAACGCGGCGAUAUACUUCCAGAUCAACACGAAAAUACACUUCAAAGCCAACACGACAAUAUAACACUAGAAGCAAAACAUCUUUGAACAAAAAUAAAACAAUAUCUAGGAACAAAACAUUAAGUAAAAAUAAUACAUCAAAGAAAAAUAAUGUUAAGAAGCGCACAACUCGCCCAGUUAGAGGGAAAUUGGUCCCAUGCCAUACUGGCGGCAAAUCACGCUUUAUGAUGAAAUCUUAUUUUCAACAUUUCAUGAAAUUAAACCGGAAUCAAAAAUCCAGCGAAUCUUCUGAUUCUCAUGAUUCAAACGAAUCAAAUGAUCCUUCUGAUUGUUAUGAUUCAGAUGAGUCAAAUAAAGCAUCUGAUUUUUAUGAUUCAAAUGGAUCAAUUAAAGCUUCUGAUUUUCAUAAUUCGGAUGAAUCAAAUGAAACUUUCGAUUUUCGUGAUUCAGAUGAAUCGAAUGAAAUUAUUGUUCAUGAUCAAGAUGAAUCGAACGACUCUUAUGGUUUUCAUGACUCGGUAGGAACUGACAUUUCAGGAGAGGAUGAAGAAUCAAAAGAAGCUUUCACUUAUCCGGGACUCGUAAAGAGAAAUAAGAAUCCGAAACAAAAAAAGCACAUUGACACUAUUGAUAUUUGGAAUGCAAGAAAAGAUGACGAGAGACAAUUUAAAGAAACAAAUUAUUGGGAAUUGCCAUUGUUGGGUUCUAGUCCUAUUCAAGAAUGUACGCAAAGUGCAUAUGUUCAAUUUUACGAAUCUUCCACGCCGUCGACUGAUGCUAAUACUGAAGAAUCAUACUUUAAUUUUAAAUCCGAUUUUAACUGGAACAAAAAUAAAAUUGUAAAGAAAGCUGAGAAAAUUGCUGCUGACAGUUCAGAUGAUUCAAAUGAUCUCUCCACUGAGGACGAAGAAGAAACCGUUGUGAUGUCAAGUGACGGCUGGUCAAUGAGCCAGACAUCAAUUGAGACACAUAAUAUGGAGUUUAAACAACAAUGUCCGGUAAAAGGGAUUUUUAAAAGUUUAAACUUAUCAACACCUACACACGAACUUGCGGAUGAUGCUUUAUUUGAUCAGACGCUAUUCUCGGGUGCUGAUUUAAAUAUGUGCUCUCGACCAACGACUCCCACCUCUGAAGUUAACAUGUCUCUUGAAGAAUGCAUCGCAUAUUCACGUGAAUUAACUCCAUUUGUAAAUGAUAACGCAUACAAUAACAUUGAUCAAUCUUCUGAAAUAGACUUUGAUGAAGAUGAUUUACAAGAGAAGACUAAGGAUGAGAGCUUGGCCGAUUAUUUACAAGAUUUUAGUGGUAACUAUAAUGGAUGGUAUACACCCAUAUGGGAGGUAGAGGAUCCGAUUACGGACUUGUUUCGACCUUUAUUAGAUGAGCCAUGUGUCACUUAG